AUUCCACGGCAGUUAGGGGCCCUGUCUUACUGAAUGGGUUGUGCUUUCCCAGCCCCCAGGCCCUGUGGUGCAAAGAGCUCUGCUGCAUAAAAAUAUUUACAAGAUGAGGGACGACUGAGUCCAACAAGGGAGAGGGGGGAUGGGGUGGAGGGGAGAGGGGGAGACAGGGGGUGUGCAAGAUGGGGGCAGGGGACUUUAGGGAUGAGUUCCCUGCGUCAGGAAAAGAAAGGGAUGAACAUCGGAAACUUGGAAGGGAAGGGGGCUGCUGAGAAACAGGAUGGGGUGGAGGAGAGUGGGGAACAAGAAGCCAGGGGACGGAACUCAUUCUCUGAGCCCAGCGGGAGCAGGCAGGGGCUCAAGGAUAAGCACUCAGAGCCCCGGAGAGUCUCUGUGUUGCCCCUGUGGUGGAGAAGUACCCACAGCUCCCGCUGGAUAGCGCAGGUGUUGGCCUCUGAGCUCAGCCUGGUCGCCUUCGCCCUGCUGCUGGUCAUGGUGUUCUCCAAGAAAUGGCUGGACCCCUCUAGAAGCCGCUUCUACCAGCGCUGGCCCACCAACGUCAGCGCUGGAAUCUACACGGCCACCCACGUCAUGUCCAUGGGGCUCCUGCAUAUCUGCAGAUCCAACGGCUGUUUCCACUCAGAAAACUGGAAAGAUAGUUACAAGCUGUGGAUCAAUCACCCAAUCUUCGGGGCGGCCGUGAUAACUUUCUGCCUGACGCUGGUGCUGGGCUUUCUCUUUACCAUCUGGUUGCACCUGCCGUACAUACCCGGUCUUCAAAGACUGCCCUGCUUCAGCUGGGUUGGGACUAUCAUGAGCUUCUUUGAAGUUUUCCUUAUUUUCUUCACCAUGAUGUUGUUCCCUAUUAACCUCUGGAUCUUUGAAUUGAAGAAGAAUUUAUCAAUCCCCAUCGGCUGGAGCUAUUUCAUAGGCUGGCUGGUGUUUGUCCUCUAUGUCACCUGUGCGGCCCUGUGCUACUUCAACCAUAAACAUUUCUGGAGGGUGAUUUUGAACCGUCCCUCUGGCACCGUGCUCUGUAGCAACUUCUCCAGUCCCAAACAAAACUUGGAGAUGAAGCCGGUUGUCUCACACAGCUCAGGCGACCAGAGGGACGUCCGGGAUCCUGAGCAAAAGGAGGUAUCUCCGUAAACUUGUCGGAAAUCCUGGUGCCACGUUCUGCUCAUUUAUCCGAAUCCCUGUCCUCAUCCUUUUCUCACAAC